UACCGAUGGAUUCUUAUUUCCUCCUUUUCUAAUAUCUCUGGUAGAUCCAUCUUGCAUCUUAUGUGCGCAAAGGCCCUACAAAUGUGUAAACUCUGAUUGGACGAGCAAGAACGACAAAAGCACCCACUGUAGCCAAUCAACGCACACACCAAACAAGUACACUCGAAUCAGAUUGGACCGUUGUCACUCUUGGGCUGCUGGCAAUGCUCAUAUAGUCGCAUUCUACGAAAGAUCUUUGAAAUUGGAUCACAUACCGGUACAUCACCACUAGCUACCUUAAUUGACUCAAAGGUGAGCCAUGUCGUCGGUUCUCUCCAGCAUAGACUCUGUGGGCGCCGUGCCCUCCGUCUGCCCCAACGCACAGGCCAACGGAGUGGCUGCCAUUUUGAAAGGGGGGUCCAAGGUCAACGGAGAAGCCAUGUUGAACGUCCACAAGCUCUCCAUGAAUGGAUCGGCUCAAGUGAACGGGGACGGUGCUGGCCAUAAGGCCCAGAAUGGGUCGGUCCAUGUGAACGGGCUCGAGGGGGAGAACGAUCUAGAGAGGACAGCCGCAGGCGUGGAGGAGAGGCAGUGGAUCCGUCCCGACUUGCCCAGCAAAUGCACUUGGAAACUGGGCGGGUCUUCCGUAGAGUCCCCUCACUGCCGCUCUGAACUGACUGAAGCCCCCAGCAUUCUACCCAACAUCCUCGGGAAGAUCGGAGACACACCUCUGGUCCGCAUGAACAAGAUCCCCAAAGCCUUUGGCCUUAAGUGUGAACUCUUGGCCAAGUGUGAGUUCUUUAACGCAGGGGGAAGUGUGAAGGACCGUAUCAGUCUAAGGAUGGUGGAGGAUGCAGAGAGAGAUGGGAUCCUCAAACCAGGAGACACCAUCAUCGAGCCCACCUCUGGCAACACAGGUAUUGGUCUAGCCCUGGCCUCUGCAGUUAAAGGCUAUCGCUGCAUCAUCGUCAUGCCUGAGAAGAUGAGCAUGGAAAAGGUGGAUGUGCUUAGAGCCUUGGGGGCGGAGAUCGUGCGUACCCCAACCGCCGCCCGCUUUGAUUCGCCGGAAUCCCACGUGGGCGUGGCUUGGCGUCUGAAGAAUGAGAUUCCCAACUCUCAUAUCCUGGACCAGUACCGUAACCCUAGCAACCCCCUGGCCCACUACGACACCACUGCCGAGGAGAUCCUGGAGCAGUGCGAUGGUAAGGUGGACAUGUUGGUGGCAGGAGCUGGCACAGGUGGCACCAUCACUGGUAUCGCCCGCAAGCUGAAGGAGAGAUGCCCCAACAUCAAGAUCGUGGGUGUGGACCCUGAGGGUUCUAUACUGGCUGAGCCAGAGGAGCUGAACAAAACAGAUAAGACCCAGUACGAGGUGGAGGGCAUCGGAUAUGACUUCAUCCCUACUGUACUAGACAGAUCUGUAAUUGACAGGUGGUAUAAGUCCAAUGAUGAUGAGUCUUUUGCCAUGUCACGCAUGCUGAUCAGGGAGGAGGGGCUUCUCUGCGGAGGUAGUUCUGGCACGGCCAUGGCUGCAGCAGUUAGAAUGGCCACAGAGCUGAAGGAGGGCCAGCGCUGUGUCGUCAUCCUGCCUGACUCCAUCCGCAACUACAUGUCUAAGUUCCUGAGUGACAACUGGAUGUGUGAUAAGGGCUUCCUAACCCUAGAAGACCUGACGGUGUCCAAACCCUGGUGGUGGAACGUGAGUCUGCAGUGUCUGAAUCUAUUUUCCCCCCUCACUGUGCUGCCCUCCGUCAACAUCAAGAAGACCAUCAAGAUCCUCAAGGACAAGGCCUUCGACCAGGCACCCGUCGUUGACGAGUCCGGCGUGAUCCUAGGGAUGGUUACCCUGGGCAAUAUGUUGUCUUCAGUACUGGCUGGGAAGGUCAAGGCCUCUGACCCUGUCGCCAAGGUGCUUUACAAACAAUUCAAACAGGUGCGACUGAGCGAUAACUUGGGAAAGCUGUCCCGUAUCCUGGAAACAGAUCACUUUGCCCUGGUGGUGCAUGAGCAGAUCCAAUACAUGGAGGAUGGCUCGCCCUGUCUUAGACAGAUGGUAUUCGGGGUGGUGACCGCCAUUGACAUGCUUAAUUACAUCACCACGCGCGAGAGGCAGGGAAGCACACGCGAGCGCACGCUGUCAGAGUGCUCAAUGACGUCAGAGUGCUCGCUGACCGACUAGCUGUGACCACUUCCUGUUUCCUGUGGAUAGGAGGAAGUGACCGCCUGCCUGACACCCUCUAAGUAACGACAAUGAAGAAGAUGAUGAAGAUGAUGUAGACUUUUAGAAGGGGUUAGGGGUUGUGGUUUAGUCUUAAAAUAAGUAUAUAUUCAUUUCCUCCCCUUUUGACUAAAUUGAUUUAGUUAUUUGUCUGUGAUGAUAAUAAUGAUUAAGUGUAGCUUAUACUGCGAUUGAAGCAGCGUAGCUGGUUUCAGGUACAUAGUUUUCCGUUAACUUUAAGGUAUAGAAAUCGCAUGUAACAAACAGUGUGCGACUAGAGAUGUUUCCAUCUGCCUUGCUUCUUCAUUAUUGAAAGUCUCGAACUUUUUUUUUAUCUACUUAAAAAUAAUAGUUUUUCUCUGACUUCAUUUUAUUGCAGAGGACACUACAACAUUACAAUAUCCUCGCUAGACUAACGACUCAGUAAAUCGCUAGACUAACGACUCAGUAAAUCGCUAGACUAACGACUCAGUAAAUUUGAAUCUUUCAGUUAAAUAGUAAUCAUUGCAUUGAGAUUUUGUAUGUAACUGAUAUGCGAAUGUGAGCUUCAUCUUAAGACUUAAAAGCGCAUUAUAGAUUCUUGUUUGCUUCUUUGAUACCAAUGAAGUUACAUCGCCAUCUAGUGGCAGCUAAAGACAGGGCAUGGGCCAAAAAUGACUAUUUGGGUUGCUCAGUGAAAUGGUUACCAAGAAGAAGCGUUACAUUGACAACAUUCAAAGAGAUAGGAUGUUGGUGAAGAGUACCUGUCUUUUUGUUUGAAGGCUUUGGCAAAGUAACCAAGGUCGCAGGGUAGGUCAGGUUAAGGAUAGGAGAGUUUGGCACACAACCAAACUGCAACCCAAACAGUAUGACUUGUGUUGGAUCAUUUUGUUCUUGUAUUGAAACAAGAUGUAUUGAAUAAGUGUAUUGAAUAGUUUGUUGGUUGAAAGUAUUUAAAGCAGAAAGGCCCCUCACAGUGCAGCUCUUUUAUACAGGCCUGUCUGUCUGGGGCAGGUUGUUUACACCAAUGGUUGGGUUGUUUGAACUUUGUACUAUUUUUCUGUACUUGUUGACUUCAUGUACCAUCAUUCAUGUGUAAUGUUAUGUAUGACCAUGGACCCAGAGAUGUUAUGAUCUAUUCCCUUUAGCAGGGAUGUAUUUGAAUGUAUAUAUGUCUUUAGUUUUCUUAAGACAGAUGCUGCAGUAUUUGGGUGAGGUGAUGCAGUUAUGGAGGUGAUAUUUGAACUACAUUCCUGUCUCUUUAUUUCCACCCUGGCUCUGGGUUCAGUUGUUCAUUUCAUAUUUCUCUAGAUUUUUUAAAAUUCAGGUUCUUUUGUGAUGUAAGUAUAUUAUUACUAGCUUCCAAUAAAGGCUUGUUCUUUUUCUCUUUAA